UUUUGCGAUAGCUCCCGAAAAAAUAAUAUAAAGUGUUUCUUCUUCAAGUUUUAAGUCUUUUUUUUCAACUGAAAGUAAUACGAUUGUAAACUACAAUAGUCUCAAAUCGAUUAAUGCUAAAUUAUCAUCAAUUGUCAAGUGCAUCAAAAUCCAUUUUGAAUAAGUUAAUUAUUUUUUAUUUUUUCCUCUAAAUUCUUUAUUUUUGCAUACAUAUAUUUUAAUUUUCUCUUUGUUGACAUAUACCCUUAAAUAAUAUGAAUGUGUGCGGUAAUUGUAAAGAUGAGCUCCCAUACGACGGUGAUUUUGCGGUUUGCUCGACGUGCAACAACAAACUACACUUUGAAUGCACCACUGUCUCCGAAAAAUCAUGGAGAACCAUGGGAAAAACAAAAAAAGAUUUGUGGAGAUGUCAACUAUGCAGAAAUAAUUCUAUAGAUCCCCAAGGUAUAUCUGCUACUAAAGGCAACACAUUGACUGUGUCACAACAAAACACACCAAAUAGCCCAGAAAUCGUUCCCCAAAAUCCUUAUAUAAACAACACCACUGUUCUUGAGGAAAUUCGACUCCUAAGAGAUCAAAUGAAGGAAAUAACAGCAAGCAACGAUUUCCUAGGCACUAAGUUUGAUGAAAUUAAUGUCAACAUAAAAAAAAACAACAACCUCAUCGAAGACUUCACAAAAGAAAUAAAUGAACUAAAGGAGAGCAACAAAAAAAAAGAUGAAAUCAUAGAGAACAUGCAAUCACAAAUAAAUAAUAUGGAACAACAAAUGAUUCGAAACAAUGUAGAUAUUAAAAACAUUCCACCUACUGCAAACGAAAAUCUUAUUGAAAUUGUUAAAGGAAUUGGAAAAACAAUAAAUUGCGAAAUAAAAGACAACGAUCUCACUGACAUUUAUAGAACUAAACCGAGAAACCCCGAAAAUUCAGUAAUCAUUGCUUCAUUUUCGUCUAAUAUACGCAAGACACAUUUUGUUAAACAAGCACGCGCCACCCGACCCAUCAAAUUGAAUGCAGUAAUGCAAAACGUCAACAAAGAGCUAAGCUCUGGUUCAGCCGCAUCAUCUUCGUUUGAUAACACAGUUUACAUAAAUAAUCAACUCACAAGACAAAAUAAACACAUACUGUGGCUUACAAAAGAAAAAGCAAAGCAGGUAAACUGGAGAUUUGUGUGGGAGAGUGCAGGCAAAAUAUUGGCACGUAAGAAUGAGAGCACACAACCGAUCAUUAUAAGCACCGCUAAUGACGUGAACAAAUUAACAUCUACAUAAACACGCAUAAUGCGUGUGCGUAUACAUAUAGAUACACAAAAUUUUAACAACAAAAAUGAAUAACACAAAUGGAAACAAUGAAUUAAUUGUAAACUUAAA